GCCUGUAGAGAGCUAAUGGGGCUGGGGAUCGUUCAGAGAAUAUCGCUGCAACCAACUACCAGCUCACGCAGGAAUGGGAAUUCGUAUAUAUGACUGCCUAUCAGCAUCUUUUCCCGUUUAAACGGCAUAUGUUCCUUCACAGGGAAGGUUCACAGGAUCUUCUCAUAGAGUGUGAUCGAGUGGAAAGGUCGUUCAAAUAGUCAAUUUAAGCGAACUUAAGUGUGGAAAGUGUUGGUAAAAUAAAUGCAUAUUUAUCGAAUAUGUAUGCAGUGGUUUAGAUUUAGAUUCCGAUUUCCAGUGCGAGCAAGAGGACAGUAAAAAUGGAGUGAACCGAAAAUAAUCUGUAAAUAUUCCUGCUUCGAAAUCAACCUAUACUUUGUGCUUGGUAAGACACAUUUAGUGAGUUAAACGAAGCUUAAUUUAUUAUCACAUUACACGGGAAAGCAGCAAACGUGGAGUGAAUAAAUGGAAUUUUGUAACAAAGAAUCAAAGGAUCGUGCUCUACACAUCUUUAAAAUAAUUGCUGGUUUGUACUCCAACUUUCAGCUGCAUUUUUUUACAGGUAGUUCACCAAAUUGCCAAAUUGCCAAAUUGCCAAAUACCAAAGUUCAACAUAUUCAAACGAUCAACUAUCAACAAACCGUUUGCCAUCGAAAAAGCUGUCUGCCCAUGCUCAUUCAAAUGUAUUUACACUUGUUUCGUUCAUUUUCCCUCACAAACACACAGAUACCGUACAUCGAGAUCGAGUUCCGCGAUGCGCCGAAGAAGCGCAUCAAGCGCAACCUCUCGCUCAACUGUGACGAGAAUGCGAACGAGACGCGCUGCUGCCGGUACCCGCUGACGGUGGACUUUGAGAAGUUUGGCUGGGAUUGGAUCAUUGCGCCGAAGCGCUACGAAGCGUGGUACUGUGCCGGUGAGUGCAUGAUCAGCUUCCUGCCCAAGUACGAACACACGCACGUGAUGCAGCUCAGCACCUCGGCCAUACCGUGCUGCUCGCCGAAGAAGAUGAACUCGAUCCGGCUGCUGUACUUUGACAUGAGCUACAACGUGAUCUACAGCACCAUACCGAACAUGGUGGUGGAAAAGUGCAGUUGUUCCUGAGCUCUUCGGUGCUUACAAAUGAGACCCGGAAAUUGGACGCGAAAGGAGGUGAACAUGAUGUGACAAGAGUAUGCAGUUGUAGGCAAAAGGACAAACCAUGAACAUGAUUACAGAAAUGGGCACAUUGGCGGAAAAGAUGAAAGAAGUAAGUAACAAAUAAUGUUGGGGGCUAAAAUAAUUAGUGUAAAGUACAACAAAAUAACGAUACAAAACAACAAGAAAAAAACAUAAAUAGAAAACAAC